GCAGCUGCCGUGGGGGUCAUGCUGGUCCUAGUGCUGGUGGUCCUCAUCCCUGUGCUGGUCAGUUCUGUUGGCACAGGUGGAGCGGACGACAGCUCGAGCCACUUUGAGAUGCUGGGUACCUGCCGCAUGGUUUGUGACCCCUUCCCCAGCACGGGCACAACAGGCACAGGAACAGAUACAGCAACCACAGGCCUACAGGUGGACAACGACGCGGAUCUUAGUGAUCACAGUAUAGGCCCACCCCUGCCUACUUACAGUGCUCACGGCCCACAAGGAAAACCAGGACGUCCCGGCAAGCCUGGACCCCCGGGACCACCUGGAGAGCCUGGUCCACCUGGCCCUAAGGGACCACCAGGAGAUGGUGUGGACAUUGUACGGACAGGGAUUCUAGGUUUAGGGGGGAAAGGGUCAGUUAGCACUACGACCUACAACACUUCACCUCGGGUGGCUUUCUAUGCAGGACUACGAAACCCGCAAGAAGGUUACGAUAUUCUACGAUUUGAUGACGUGGUGACUAACAUUGGCGGGAACUUUGAGGGCGCAACGGGGAAGUUCACCUGUAAAAUCCCUGGAACGUACUUUUUCAUCUACAAUGUGCUGAUGAGGGGAGGAGAUGGUACCAGCAUGUGGGCUGACUUGAUCAAGAAUGGUCUGGUCAGAGCCAGCGCCAUCGCCCAAGACCAGGACCAGAGUUAUGACUAUGCCAGCAACAGUGUCAUCCUCCAUUUGGAUGCAGGCGAUGAGGUUUUCAUAAAACUGGAUGGGGGCAAAGCUCACGGAGGCAACAGCAACAAAUACAGCACCUUCUCAGGGUUCAUCCUCUAUGCCGACUGAGGAGGAGGACAGGGCAUUCGCUUCCUGACUUUAGCUCUUCGCUGUAAGGUUGACAUUGCCCUUAGCCACUCAUCCACAGUCAGAUUGAGUAUUUAUUUACAGAUGUUUGAGGUCAGUACUGAUACUGUGACUAAUGCUGUGGAUCUGUGGUUAUGGGUAACCGUCCACCUCCUCAUCCAUACGUUUCAUUGUGAACAAGGGUGCCUAAUGCCGCGAGGGGUGAGGGACGUGAGCGGCGAAAAACAGUGACAGUCACCGCCGUGUGUCACGCUAAGGUGCAGUUAACAGUCUUGACAGUGCAGAAGCCUCGCCAUCAUUUUUUGAGCUGUCAUGUCAAUUUCAAGUGUGGGAAUACAACAGUUGUGGCGACUGCAGUGUUUGUAAACGUGCUGUUAAGGUUCAAAAUGGGAUUAUGUUGUGUUAAUUUCUGUUGGUGUGAUAAAAUGUUGUGCUUGAGGAGAUGUUUUUUUUGUUUGGAAAAAUGCGGAAUUGUCAAACAUGUGGUGCCAAAUUGAGAUUACGCUUGUUAUGAAUGAAAGACUGCCACAAAAUGUACUGUGUCUCUGAGUGAAAAUGUGCAAUAUCAUGUAAUUUCAACAUUUGGCAUAUGCUUGUGUACAUACUGUAAGUUUGAUAUUGAAUCUUGUGUCUGAACACAGUCAAAGUAUUGUACAAAAACACCCAAUUGUGUGUUUGUUAAGAAUCCUGCCGUUGAUAUAUAGGUGUACACUUGUGUAAUAGUUUAUGUGCUCAUUUGUUGAAAUUGAUUUAUCUUCUUCAUGCAUGCACCUGUUAAAAUGUUCUGUAUGUUUGCACUAUUGAAAAAGACAAAUACAGUGAUUUUAAACAACGUUGGGAUAUGAUCUGAAGGAAAAUCUGUUGCUGUUGCUUUUUCAUUAAAACAUGUUUUUCUUGCACAUUAUGUUUGCUUCAUGUCACUCACCUCAUCUACUUCUCUAUCUGCUGGUUUUAU